CAUGGUUUUCAUUAUUCUGAUACUGCUACUAGGAGGAAUUUAAUCAUAAGAAUGCUAGCCUUACGGUGUUAGAUUAUUUUUAGGGCAUUAUUUUAGUUAUUUGAGAAAUACCUAAGAUUUAAUUAGAAUAGUCUUCAAUACAGAAGUAUAUCAAAUAUUUUGAUAAUUUCUAGCAAGAAUGUAAAGACUAGUUUAUUAUUGAAGUGGUUGAUAAUAAAUCUGGUAACAAAUUAAUGAUUUCAUAAAUCACAUACUACGAUACUCAAUUAUUAAAUAUGACAUAGAUAUAUGAAAAGAAUGAGACUACUCAUUUUAACUAUGAGACCUUUAUUCAUACAUUUAAGAUUGGUCUUCGUAAUAUAGACAUUACUGCUUCAACAUCCUACAAUUAUACUAUAAUUUCUAAAUAAAAUUAAAUAUUAUCUGGUCCAUAUAAAUUUGAUGUUCCCUAGGCAUAAAAUGAAUAAAAAAUGAUAGUUUUUGGAGAUAUGGAUUCAAAUUGGGUGAAAAAUUAUUCUAAAGACACUUUUGAUUGGUUAGAAAAUUAAGUAAAAUCUGAUAAACGAUAUGAUACUAUCUUAUUUACAGGUGAUAUGGCAUAUGAUUUGGAAUCAAAAAAUUGUAAAUAAGGAGAUAAUUGGCUCAGAAAUCUUUCUGUAUUUACUAGUAGAUAUCCCUUUAUGGCAGCUCCUGGAAAUCAUGAUUGGGGAAAUAAUACUAAUUUUGACUUUUUUAGAGCCAAUUUUGGAUCUUUAUUCUUAAAUGAAUAUAACACUUAACAUUAUCUUAAUGAUUUUUUUAGUUUUGAUGUUGGAAUGGUUCAUUUUAUAUAAUUUAAUCCAAUCAAGGCAGUUUAUCAAAAUGAUCUUUACAACAUUACACCUUUAAUAGUUGAACAAAUGAGAAAUGAUUUGAUUCAAGCAAAUUACAAUAGAGAGAAUGUUCCAUGGAUUAUAGUAUAUACUCAUUAUCCAAUAUAUUGUGCAGUUCCCAAAAAUGAUUAAUGCAUAAACAAUUUUAAAUAUUUAUCAGCAUUUGAAGAUUUAUUUGUAGAAUACAAAGUAGAUUUAUAUUUAAGUGGUCAUGUCCAUACUUAUCAAAGAAAUAAACCAUAUUAUAAAAAUACUACUGCAAAGUAUUUAAAGAAUGAUAAUAUUUAUUCAUAAUAUUAAUACCCUGUGUAGAUAAUAGAAGGGGCAGGUGGAACUGAUUAUGGAGAAUAAAAUUCAACUUAUCCAGAAAGCCCAUUUAUGGAGAUUUAAAAUCCAAAUCAUGGAGUUGGAGUUAUCACAGUUAAAAAUUCUACACAUUUAUAUUUUGAACAUAUCACUGUUGCAGAUAAUAAAGUUAUAGAUUCUAUAUGGCUAGAUCGUUCUACCAUUUAGACAUCAAAACGGGAUGGAUUUGAAGUUGCUAUGUGGGUAAUCUUUGCUGUUUUAAUGGUUAUUACUGGUGUUUCUAUAUAUUAUAAAUCAAAUCAAGGAAAGAAACUCAAAAAUAAAUUAUUAGAAGAAACAAUAACUAUGGUUGUCUCUUGA